GGUAGUUCUAAAGUAGCUAUCUGGGCAGUUUGGUAUUAUAUUUUCGUUCAUACAUCGUGUAUACAUGUGGAGCUUCUUCCGUAUAAAGCUGGAGUGUUUUCUGUGUACAUGUGGAAUGUCUUGUGCAGGCCACCAGGGAGUCAGGUAAUUGAAUGUGUUGGGUAUGUAUACCCCACAAAAAUCGAGACUAACAAAAGCUUCCCCGCUUUAGUGUCAUGCACGGUGUACGGCUUUUCGGAGUUUCUACCAUGUGGGCUGACUUCCCGAUCAAGAGUACAGGAUUUUGACGGGGGUACAGACAUCCGAACUGUAUCCGAACGACAUCCGCAAUGGCCAGAUUUGUUGUCAAACUCCAACCAUAAGAUCCCUCGGAUAGCACAGUGUGAGAAGCAAUCUCGUACGAACGCCAGUGAAGUAGAUUUCAGCAGAGAGGGAUAUGAAAUCCAUUAGAAGCUUGUAUGGCGUUACUAUAACAGGCGAUUAUUCAUACGGUUCAUAACAAGCUAGCGUAAGUAGAUUCUUCCCUAAUCAAGCUCCCAGAUGGGGAGAAAAAGUA